UUAUCUGUACUUAAGCAAUGUCGAGACAGAUAGCUAACCGGUUAGCUAAAUAUCGAAAAUAUCGAAUAUUAGCAGGUAUCGAAGCUAACAAUCGAACUGUUUGCGAUAACCUAUAACGGUUGCUAGGUAGAUUUUAGCUAGCAAAUACGUAAGUAGUAAUCGAGUCGUUCAAUUUACCAGACAAUUUUAGACUGUUUAUUUAUUAGGGAUAACUCAUAGCGACACACAAGCUUCAAUUUGGUCCUUGUAAAAAAGAUAUGGCUGACGAUGCUAAUGCUGGCGAAGAUUUUGGUCGUGAAACAUUUGAACUCGCUAAAGAUUUAGACAGAAUGACCGAGCAGAUGGAGAACAUUUCAGUGAAUCUAACUUGGAUGGCGUACGACAUGGUGGUACUGAGGACUGACCCUCAGCUCUCAAAGUCCAUCAAGAGGCUGGAGAACGAAUUUGUCCAGUGUAAAGCUGUUAUCUGCGGCUCUGGAGGCAAACUAGUUGACCAAUCUACAGUUGCAAACCAUAAAACACCCCUUGAAUGGAGAAAAUGGAAGUGUCCACAGAUAUUGUGCUCACUUCAACCAAUGCUGAUCUGGAUGACAUACUGAUGCAGCUGGAUACUAUUUCUGAGACUUUGGAUCAGUUGGAAGUGAAGACUCAGUUGCUGCAGUUUAAUUUAACUGUUUGUGUUACACACCCUGAUAAGAUGGCAUGUCUGCUUUCUGGUGUAGAAGACCCAGCAGGGUUAAAAUCUCCAGAAUUGGUGGAGUAAAGGGGUAAUGGUAUAAAAGGAAAUUAAAUGUGCAUACAGACUUGUUAUAUACUAUAGUUGGGAUAUUUUAUAUGUAAAAGUUGUAAUACUAUAUUGUAAUAGUUUUUUCGAUAUGUUCCAUGUACCAUGACAAGUUCUUUAAAAAGAAUAGUAUGUUUGGUUUGACUGUACAUCAUAAUUUGGUAGUGGCUGAAAGCUUUUUGACUGACAUUUCUGCUACAGCUGCUUUUAUAAUAACCAUUUUCUUUACAAAUAACUGAUUUUUGUUAAUGUCUCCCUUUAUUUUGUUCCAUGCAUGAUUUUGUUGUAUUGUUCUGAAGUGUCAAUAAAUGUAUUAUUUUACAUUA